UUCAAACAAAAGCCUUGAAUAUAACCAUGGCAACGAUUGCAGGAGAAGAGUCAAAACCCCAUGUUGUUAUCACCCCAUUUCCAUUACAAGGCCAUAUAACUUCCUUCUCGAAACUAGCCAAAGUGCUUCAUUCUAAAGGCUUUCACAUAACGUACGUCAACACUGAGUACAAUCACAAGCGCUUGCUCAAUGCAAGAGGAGCUCAAGCCCUCGAUGGCCUCCCAGAUUUUCAAUUUGAAACCAUCCCAGAUGGUCUUCCUCCUUCUGAUGCCAAUGUUUCCCAAAGAUUUAGUUUUCUGUGCAAUUCUAUGCAAAAUAACAGUCUCAUCCCUUUCAAAAAGCUUCUCGCAAGGCUUAAUAAGCUUGCUUCCGACGGUGUUGUGCCCCCCGUUUCUUGCUUGAUUUCUGAUGCUGUCAUGACGUUCACAAUGAAUGCUGCUCAUGAAUUCGAUCUUCCUAUUGCUCUUUAUUGGCCAGCCAGUACUGUUUCCUUUUUGGGUGUUUUUCACUUUCGGACCCUCCUCAAUAAAGGUGUAAUUCCCUUGAAAGAUGAGAGUUAUCUAACAAAUGGAUACUUGGAUACUGAAUUAGAUUGGCUUCCUGGAAUGAAAAGCAUGAGACUGAAAGAUAUUCCAAGCUUUGCGAAGGUUACAGAUUCAAAUAAUUUUCUGCUAAACUUCCUUAUGGCUGAGUUACAGAGAGCCCAAAAAGCUCAAGCAAUAAUAUUCAACACAUUUGAGGAGUUGGAUAGUGAUGCCCUCAGCACCCUAUCCUCUGUCUUUCCUCCUCUUUACUACAUUGGCCCUCUCGCUUUGCUUCUCGCUCAUCAAAUCCCACACAACCACCGCUCGUUGGAAUCCAUUGGCUCCAGUCUCUGGAAAGAAGAGACUCAAUGCCUUGACUGGCUAGAAACCAAGGAACCUAAAUCAGUGAUUUAUGUGAAUUUUGGAAGCCUUGUAAUUAUGUCUCCAGAACAAUUACAUGAAUUUGCUUGGGGUUUAGCCAAUAGCAAGAAACACUUUUUGUGGAUCAUAAGGCCAAACCUAGUAGAAGGAGGCUCAAUGAUUCUGCCACAUGAGUUUUUAAAUGAGACUAAGAAUAGAGGCUUCAUAGCAAGUUGGUGUGAGCAAGAAAAAGUGUUGAACCAUCCAUCCAUUAGAGGCUUCUUAACGCAUUGUGGCUGGAACUCCAUGACAGAGAGUAUUUGUGCCGGAAUUCCUAUGGCAUGUUGGCCUUGGUCUGGUGAUCAACCAACAAAUUGUAGGUAUGCAUGCAAAGAGUGGGGAAUAGGAAUUGAGAUUGAUCAUAAUGUGAAGAGAGAAGAGGUGGAGAAGCUUGUGAAUGAGUUGAUGGAAGGAGAGAAGGGGAAGCAAAUGAGACGGAAGAUUUCAGAAUCCUGAAAUCUUAUUGUUAUUUUGUUUUCCUGCGUAUAUGUCUCUAAACUCUUCAGGGGUAGAACUUUUUAUUAUCUGCUACAGCACAAUAUGGAGAGCUUUAUUUAGAAUAACUACACAGCUAUAAGUGUGGACAGCUUUAUCAGACUUCAUAUAUAGUAUUAGGUUUGAUUUCAAUCGUAUCUUUGAUGUGGCUUGUAAGUCAUCUUUAUAGUUAUAUCUUGUAAUAUUUUAAUUCGGUAAUUGCUUAUCCCUCCUCUGCAUAAGCGUAAACCUCUUGAAUUAUAUGCAAUUUUAUGCAUCAAUAAUAACUCCUCUUCCAUUUCAUGAA